GAUAUAAGAAUAGUUAUAUUGAUAAAAAGGGCAAUUACAAGAGAAUGUCAUGGAGAGUCAUGAACAACACUCACUAGCUAUAUGCUAAACGACUCACUAGUUUUGGUGUUUUGAUGUGAAGACAUGAGCAACAUUGCCUCAAUUCAUAUAAGGAACUUGGAAGGGAAUGUGAGCCAACAUGAUGUUGCUAGAGCAUCCAAAUUCAAUGCUUUGUGUUGUUAAAAUCUUCAAUGCUUUCUUGUAAAUGGUAUCCACAUCAUUGUUGGUCGCCUUGAAUUGUAAAUUUACCUUGUUCUAUCACAUUAAUUUCUUUGCAUAAUCUUUAGAAAACUCUACAUUAUAAUUGGUACUUUUGUGGAGGAGAAGUGAGAUGCUUCCAAUCACCAUUCUAUUCCAAUUCCUCAUAAUGUAGCAUUAGCUUGUGUUGAAGUUUAGCUUAUGCCAUCCAUAAUUGGGGGAGGUUGUCAUAGUGUGCUUCAUUCCUUUUUAAUUUAGUCGUCUAACCCCAACUCUAUUAAGAGGGGGAUUCUCAUUCUAGUGUCCCAUAAUGUGAAAUUAGACUUCUUUGAAUUUUGCCCUCCAAGCUUGCUAUUUGCAACAUCUAGCUUGUUUAAGAAAGAGGACAACUAUACUCCUUAUCUUGAAACACCCUCUUGUUUUGUUCCUUCCACACCUCCCAUAAUAACUUGGAUGGGCUCCCCUACCUCUGAGAUGCAAAUUUCUACACUUGCUCCAAUUCCAAAUACUUGUUUUGAAAUAUUUGUAAAAAAUCUCAGCAACUCUAGCUCUAUAGGACCUUAGCCUUAGUAAGCCUAUGAAAAACUAAUGCACCUUCAUCCAAAUACUUGUUUUGAAAUAUUUGUAAAAAAUGUCACAAACUCUAGCUCUAUGGGAUCCUAGCCAUAGGCAGGGGUCCGGUGGAGGGGGCUUAAGCUCUAUUUUUAAGGAAGAUGCAGUCCCAUGAAAAAAAUAUUUUUUGGCUAUGAGAUUAAUUAGAAUCUUUUCCUAAAAAAUAGACCCCAUACCUUUUAGGCUUGAAAAUCUAAGGCAGGGUCCCAUGGGAGGGGAUUAAGCUCUAUUUUUAAGGAAGAGGCGGUCCCAUGAAGAUUUUUUGGGGGAGCUAUGGGAUUAUUUGGAAUCUACUCCUAAAAAAUAGAAGCUCCUACUUUUUAGGCUUCCAUUUUUAAGUAGUUUAAACUUAAGUUAAUGUGCACUACAAAGUUCAUAACAUCCUUAAAUUUAGACGCUGAAGUGAAAAACAAAAUAAAUACUCCUAAAAAUCUUGCACUACAAAGUUCAUGACAUCCUUAAAUUUAGAAGCUGAAGUGAAAAACAAAAUAAAUAUUCUUAAAAAAGCUUAGCAGCUCCAGCUCUAUCUCUAUUUUUAGGAAGCCCCCCUCCAUGGGACCCCACCCUUAGUAAAAAAAAGAUGUGAACUCAACUACUUAAAGUGGGUGAUAAUGACACAUAUGAUCAUAUUUUCAUAAUAAUAUUUAAUUAUAUUAAACCAACUUAAAGAUACAUAAAAAAUACAAAUACUAAAAAAUAAAAAACUUAUACUUUAACAAAAAAAUUUAAAUAAUAAUAAUUAUUUAAACUAUAUUGUAAAUUUAUUUACGAUUUAUCUCAUAGACUAAAUUAAGUAAAAUAAAAGUUUAAAACCAACACUAAUUAGAUGCCAUUGAUAAUAUGGUUACUGAUCUCCAGCUUGUAAUAAGAAUUUUAAUAUACUGAAGUUAACGUCUUGCAAAGCUUUAUAUAGUUUUGUGUAUCUUCUUUCUUAAAACAUAUAUGAUUAUCACCAAUGCUAAUAACCUGCCUAAUAGUCAGGUCCCAAAGGUUUGGAGAAUAUGCUUCAUUUACAAACACAUUGUUUUCUGGGAUAUUUUUUUAAUUACAAAUCAAUUUAUUUAUUAUUAACAUAUUUGAAGGUGUAAAGAAACUUCACAUUCCUAUUUUGAAAACGGCUGUGAACUUCUGGAAAGCAAUUGAAAAUAGGGAGCAGAUGUGGAACUUUUUAUAAAAAUAGCGGGCAUCUGAAAGAAUAUUUUUCAGCAUAUGUGUGGAAGAGUCCUAACACAGAUUGCCCGUUUUUUCAAGCUACUGGCUGCCAUGCGCGUAUUCUACUUUAUUCAAUGGCAUAUUCUCCCUCUUCAACCCUAUAUCAACCCAUUGCCCUGCCUCCUCUUUCCAACAUAUUAUCUUUCUGAUUCUUGUAUUCUGCAUUGCCUCUGAGUUGUUGAGAAUGGACACAGUAGUAGUUUUUGAUUUUGAUCUCAUCAUAAUAUAUUGUGACAGUGAUCCUUGGGUUAUGGAAAAGCUUGGGGCCACUGAACUCUUUGAGUCCUUGCUUCCCACCCUUCCAUGGAAUACUUUCAUGGAUAAAAUGAUGGGUGAGCUGCACGAACAGGGGAAGACCAUCAGUGACAUUGAAGCAAGUUUGAGGACCAUUCCUCUGUAUCCAGAGACCAUCAUUGCCAUUAAAUUUGCCUUCUCUUUGGGGUGUGAUCUUCGGAUUGUGAGUGAUGCUAAUCUCUUUUUUAUAAAGACCAUCCUUGAAACCCAUGACCUGCUUCAGUACUUUACAGAGAUUAAGACAAACCCUGCAUUUGUUGAGGAGAGUGGGAGAUUAAGGAUUUGCCCAUUCCACCCUUUUACAGUAGCUCCUCAUGGCUGCAACCUCUGCCCUCCCAAUCUGUGCAAGGGAGCAAUCAUAGAUGAGAUGCGAAAGUCCAUAGAAGAUGGGCUCAACAAGCGUUUUAUUUACCUGGGAGAUGGCACUGGGGAUUUCUGCCCCACCUUGAAAUUAACUGAAGGAGAUGAUGUUUUGCCUAGAAAAGAGUAACCACUGUGGAAGCUAAUAGAAAAGAAUCCUAGUAUGGUGAAGGCUAAAGUUCACGGUUGGUGUAAUGCCAAGGAUGUUGAGGAUUUGCUAAUGAAAUUGCUUAAGCCAUGAACAGCCACCAUACAUUGCAUUGGCCCUACUUCUGCUGUUUGUAUUAUUUUUCAUGAAGCAUGGUGAAUGGAAGGAAGUAUAUUCGCCAUAUUGUUGUUGUGGUAUAAAUGUAAAUCGACAGAUCUCAAAAAUCAGUUGGCAACCGCUCCAUUGGCUUAUUGCAAGCCAUGACGUCAAAAAUUGAGUAGAAUCUCAACAAAGUACUUUUGUUCAAUAUCUUUCUACUAAUGACUUUAUUCUACAAAGUACUUUUGUUC